AUGUCGAAGCAAAGUGCUGCUCUAGAGGCAUCUGGCAAAGGAACGAAAAGAAACUCGAUUUCGUCUGGUCUAAUGGCUCAAGGCAGAGUCUCAGGAAGGGGAAAUAGAAAAAGAGAAGGAGGGAAGAAGGGGAAAAAGGAAGAAAAAGAAAGAAAAAGAAAACAAAAUGACGAAAGCAAGAAGAUGAGAAGAAAGGAGGAGUACAAGGGACAGGUCAAGCCUCGAUUCGCGGCGUGGAAGCGCGGCUGCAGCCCUGGUUACAUAUCCAAACUCCCCGGUUUCCCUCAAUCCUCCAUCUACCAGGGUAUCAUUGCGAAUUGGCAAGAGCAUAGAAAUCCAGCUGCACCCAUUCGUCUCGGCUCACGCUACCUGCUGGUAAUUCCCCCUUGCUGCAUCAGAAGCAGAUUCCCACAGCCUCAGUCAGAUUUACGAGCGUUGGCUGACGCAAAGCGACCCUCCACAGCCGCUAUCAAUGCCAGUGAUAAGUGUCAGUCGGCACAGAACUACCGCUCUCGAGCAUCAAUGGAUGCCAAGUAUGUGGCUGAGCGCGCGGAAGACGAAGCCAGGACCUAGUACUGCGCACAAAUAUGUCGAUUUCAACGCACUAUCCAUGAAUCGAUGAGAAUUGUCAUCUCACUUCCCGCAUUUCCCGUAUCGCCGUAGCAUUGUGGCGACUUGGUCGUGAAAAAGGAGAAAAGAGGCAGGGGG